GGCAACUCUGCAUGCUUCCCUAGUUCUCAGUAGUACCUGGCUAGACGUGAUUCGCUACAGGGUCAAUGGGGAUACUUGAUAAAAUCGCCGAUAUUGAGAAUGAAAUCGCAAGGACGCAGAAAAAUAAAGCGACGGAGUAUCAUCUCGGUUUACUGAAAGCUAAGCUCGCCAAGUACCGUUCUCAACUACUGGAGACACAAAACAAAGCUACCAAGGGUGAAGGAUUUGAUGUUAUGAAAUCAGGCGAUGCUCGGGUAUCACUAAUUGGCUUUCCGUCUGUCGGGAAGUCCACUCUCCUAAAUUCUUUGACUUCUACACACAGUGAAUGUGCAUCAUAUGAGUUCACAACUUUGACAUGCAUACCGGGUGUUAUUGAGUAUAAAGGCGCUAACAUCCAGUUACUGGAUCUUCCAGGAAUAAUAGAAGGGGCGUCACAAGGAAAAGGGCGGGGGCGCCAGGUGAUUGCUGUUGCCCGAACGGCUGACCUCGUACUUAUGAUGCUUGAUGCCACCAAGCCGGACGUCCACCGAAAGUUACUUGAAAACGAACUAGAAGCUGUGGGUAUUCGAUUGAAUAAAAACAAACCAAAUAUUUAUUUCAAGCAAAAGAAGACAGGUGGAUUAAAAAUCACAUCAAUGGUUCCCUUAACAAAGAUAAACGAGAAAAUGACUCAAAUGAUACUGCAGGAAUAUAAAAUAUUUAAUGCAGAAGUCAUCUUUCGAGAAGAUUCUACACCGGAUGAAUUUAUUGAUGUAGUAGUUGGCGGUCGAGUAUAUCUGGCUUGUCUUUACGUGUAUAAUAAAAUUGACCAAAUAUCACUUCAAGAAGUUGACAGAUUAGCAAGACAGCCUCAUUCAGUUGUUGUUAGUUGCAAUCUAAAACUGAAUUUGGAUUACCUGCUAGAAAAACUUUGGGACUAUUUAAAUUUAAUUCAAGUAUUCACUAAAAAACGUGGACAAAAACCAGAUCUUGAUGAAGGAAUUAUUUUACGAAACGGUUCAACAGUUGAACACAUUUGCCAUUCAAUUCACAGAUCUUUAGCAUCACAGUGUAAAUGUGCUCUUGUGUGGGUAAGAAUAGUCGAAAUUCCAGUGUUUACUUUGUCAUUUAUUGAGUGGAUAAAUUCACAUAUUUUAUUUGUCAUAAAAAACCAAUUUUUUAUUAGUCAUCUAUUUUCAAUGGUAUAUAAUAGCCGAAAUUUAAGAAGCCUAAAUUGUCUUAAAGUUUUUUGAAAAUGUUUGUAGCUCAACCUGUAAAUAUUUGUUUCUUUCAAAUAAAAUAACAUGAACUGUACUGAAGAGUUUCACUCCAAACACGUAAAACCGAUGAUAAUGAAAACGAAAUACCUGAAUAAAAUAAUUAAUUAUUUAGAAUCUAAGGAAAGGCUUAAUGCAUCACUAUGCAUGGUAAUUUGUUGACUAUAUCUAGAGACAAACUGUAGAUUUAACACUUCGAUGAACCGGACAAAUUCGUAAGCAAAGAAAACUAAAGUUGAUAUAAAAAAAGCUUAUAUAAAAAAGUACAUCACUCCGUUAAACUAAUUUUUUUCCUCUUUACAUUUUUAAGGGAACAAGUGUUAAAUUCAGUCCACAACAUGUUGGAUUGAAUCACGUCUUACAUCAUCACGAUGUUGUGCAAAUUGUAAAGAAAUAAUGAUUCAGUGGAUUAAUAUUUCAGUAUGUUAUUGCAAAUUGAAUUCUCCAUGUCUUUCUUUAUUGAUGAAUAUAUUGAAUUUUUGGAUGCUAUGUAGUUUUACUGUUAUCAUAAGAGGGAACACUUUGGAUGGACGACAUUGACCUAUUU